AUGCUUUCCAUUCCUCGUCACGAGCCGAUGAGCAAAACGGAGAAGUUCGUUCAGUGGUCAUCUUUGGUAGUCUACUGCUUAGGCGGCCUCACAUUUAUGGCAGUGCCCAAGCUCUAUGGCAUCAUAUUGAACGUAGAAUACACCGGUCGUUCUGAAGGUUACGUGCGCCUGGUCGGCCUUGGAGUUGUAGAAAUUGGAUUUCUUUUCAUAAUCUUGGCACGUUCCACUGUAAGAAUACAUCGCUAUGGAACCAUUUUGGCUUCUGUUGUUAGCCGUCUCGUUUGGGUGCCAGCGACGGGGCUCAUGUUCAUCCUCAGAAAUAUGGUCCCUUUCACGUUCGCGUCAGUCUUCAUGGGCUUAGAUGUGUUGCUUUCCCUGAGCACCUUGUUUAUGUGGUGCCGAGAAAGGGAUGGUUCCUCAUUGGGAGACUUCUUAAAAGAGCUCCUGGCUCCAUUUCGAGAAUGUCACGGGAUGAAAGUAGGAGGAACCAUUACAGCCGUGUUUUUUGUGGGCCUCAUUCAAACAAUCUUUUGGUACGUGUUAGCGGUGAGACCCGAUUUUGCUCAUAAAAUGUUUGUUCUCGAUGAUUUGGAUGGGCUCGCUGAUGGCUAUCUAGCAGCGUUCCUUUAUCUGAUUUCCAUUCAUGGCCUGUAUCACGUCCUUUGCGCCAAUAAUUUGAAUCAUCCCUUCGCUCUAGCCUCAGUUAGCUAUCGAGUUCUUUUGGAUACUCCAGUCUCUCUUGUCUUGCUUCUUGUUGAUCAGAUAGAAAGAAAUCUCUUUCUCACGAUUAUGAGCUUCAACAUGUUCAUCUCCACCAUCUUUUUGGCGUUUCUGUCACGUGAAAGACUUACCAUUACAAACACCAGAGAAGACCCACCCGAUGUGCAAGCUCCCACCGUUACGGAAGACAAUUGA